GCCGUUUGUUUUGGUCGCAAUUCCGCCAGAAGCCAUGGCCGGCUUCGUCGACGGCGCCUGGCUCGCGACCGCCGUCGCCCACCACCGCCAACGCAUGACGUCGCUCUUCGCCCGCUCGAGCCAGCUGCAGUACCCCGUCGCCAUCAUCCGCACCUGGCUUCUCGACGCCGGCGUCCGUAGCGACGUCGAUGUCCUCGUCGACACCAUCGCGCACGCGCUCGCGACGGUCAAGCACGUUGCGCUGCUCGGUCGAGGCCCGGACGCAGUCUUGGCGCACGCCCCAGAGACAGCUUGGCGCGCGCAGAAGACGUCGCCGCGCACGAUCGCCGCGCUUGUCAACGAGUACGAGCGCCAUUUUAAGGACUCGAUUCUGUCCAUCAUCGGCGCCGGCCAUCGGUUCUACGUGGCCAAUAUGGACAACCAAGUCGAAGCGUUCUUGCCGGUUGGCGUCGUUGGCACCGACGUCGUCCGCGCCGUCGUCGCCGCCCUCCGAGCUGACGACCGCCUCCAGUACGUCGACGGCAAGUCGCCAUACUUUACGUCGGCACCCGCGAUUGACACUGCAUCGCUCGAGCUACACAUUGCGCGGGCAUCCGACACUGUCCGAGCGGCGCUCCAACUAUACGAUGGUGUCUUUUCGGUGGCCAAGGUCCGGCGUCUGCUUGUUGACGUCCCAGCGCCGGUCGUCGACCGAGUUCUCAACGCGGUCCUUUCCGACGUUACGGCCGACGAGGGAAUUGUGCUCUUGGGGACUGGCCACCGCGCGCAACUCAAGCGACGAACCCGUCACGCGUCAAGCCCAAGUCGCACAUGCCAACAAAUGUCCCAACGCAUUUGUCAAGCGACCGACGUCGACCAGGUCUUCUCGAACAACUCUGCGUUCUUGACACAGCGCAUGCUCGAUGCGCGCGACGUAUACGAUAAAGACGAUGUGCGUCAACGGUUGCAAGGUCCACUGGCCUCGGACGCUAUACGGCAGCUCGCGCACCCGGACGUCAAGUACCGCGACCGCCGCUUCUUGCAGACAAAGAGCCUCGUCCAGCAGCACGCCGACGCCUUUCUCGAGCCCAUCCUCGCGUGGGUGCGCGACGGCCAGAGCUUUUUUGUGUCGUACGUCACCGACCAAGUGCGAACGCUCUUGCCACUCGGCGGUAACGUCGAAGCGGCGACAGCGACCGUGGUGGCCGCGCUCACAGCCGAUCACCGGCUGCGCUACGCGACGGACGAGCUCGGUCGCGGCUACUUUGUGCAGCGCCGUCUCUCUCCCCACGGGAGUGCGGCGUCUCUCGUUGUCACCGACGAGCUCGUGCAGGCGCAUCUACCUGCGUUCAUGGAGCGCAUGCUGAAGACUCUGAGUCGCGUCCCUCGCUUCUUUGUGCUCCACAUUCCGGGCGUCGGCUUUUACAAACAGAACGCGCUCGCUGACGCGGUCGUGCGCCGCGCCAAGAAGGACCCGCGCGUCGAGUUUCAUCAACCGACAAGCAGUAAAGACUGGCCCUACUUCUCCAAGGCAAAACGUCCUGCAGCACCGCCCGACCGAAACGCGGUGCCUUCGACUCCAAAGUCCAUAGCAGAGCUCGAUGACACCGCUUGCGAACCCGAUCGCUUAGAGGUGGCGGAGCCUGAGCCCGAGAUGGACGUGCCACGUACCGAGCCCGAGACUCUCGCGUCCAAGCACCGCCAUGUCGUGCGCAUCCAGACGAUCAACGACUGGGCGACGACGGUGAUAACGCACCCUGUAUUGGGCGCAGCUGUGUCCGAGACGGCGGUCGUGGCCAUGGGCUGCCGCAACGACGACCAAGGUCGCCUGCAUCUCGAGCUGGCCGUCGACGACCACGUGUUCGAUCUCGACUGCUCGGUGAUACAGCCGGCGUUGCUCGUCCCACUGCUCUCGUCACCACGCAUCCUCAAGGUCGUCCACGAUGUGCAUUUGAUGAUGCCGCUCUGGCGCCUUGCUGCCGCCAACGACGUCGUAAAGGUCCUCGACCUGCAACUGCUCAUGGAGGCCAACACAGGUACCUUUGAUGUUCCACUCGGCGAGAUGCUCAAGUGGCUGCUACCGCAGACUAACCACGACCGCGUCGUCACGAGAGACGACCUCGAUUCGAUCGUGGAGCGCGUCGGCGGCUUUGGCAGCGACAACCGCGCCGGCCUCGAGCGACAACUGCACCGUAUCUCGGCGAUUCGCAACCGCCAAGACAGUAUCAUCGCCCUGACGAUCCGCGUCGGCCGGUACAUUGAAGGCAACGCGGGCUUGAUCGCGGAUCUUCUGGCCAUGGAAGACAAGAACAUUCUCUUCCUCGGUGAACCGGGCUGCGGCAAAACCACCAUCGUCCGCGAAGUCUCUCGGCAGCUUGCGACCAAGUACAACGUCUGCAUCGUCGACACGAGCAACGAGAUUGCAGGUAUACUACUCUUUAUCUCGUGCUGGUAG